AGUGUGGCGGCGUUCAGAAGUAGAGCCGCUGCACUUUGAUUGGAGGAAGUGAAGCAUCAAUAAAGAAAGAUGGCCGAAGUCAUAGAGCUGCAGAAACUGAAGGUGUGUAAUUCUUUAAAAUAUGUAAUUAUUAGGCGCGUUAGGGACAUUUAUCUGUACAAAUAUUGUUUUUACCGCUGUAAACGACGAUACUAGAUAGCAGGUUUAACGAUAACUGUAAGGUUUGAUGAGACAAAUGUGUUCAGGCUGAGAACCACGAUGUUAAACCUUUUUAUUGUUUGACUCAGCAACAAGAACCGGUUUUUUCUCUUAAAUGGCAAAUAAACGUGUUCUGGUUGAUUUAAUUACGUUAUAAGAAGCCUUAAAAAGAUAAAUUUACCAUACCCUCAUGUUGUUUGUUGAAAAGAAGUUUAUAAAUGCUGAUAAAUCCACAACAGCGUUUGAAUGAAGCUUUUGGUUGGACUGAGUCUUACCGCAGAAAUUCAUUUUAUUAUCCUGCAACAACCUCAUUUUAGUUUAAACAUCACAAUAACAAACAAAACAUGACACUGAAUGAUCCACAAAUCUGUUUAAAUAGAGUUUUCAUCAGUAAAAGUCUGUAAAGGUUUGGGUAUUUUGUGGUUAAAGUUGAAUAUCUCUCUUGUUUUUGUUUUCCAGCUCGCUGAGCUGAGGCAGGAGUGUGAGGCCCGAGGUCUGGAGACCAAAGGGAACAAAGGAGAACUCAUCGCCCGACUCCAGGCCUACCUGGAGGAGCACGGUGAGGAGAAACAUGCCAACAACAUCACCUUUACUAUCUUAUUACUAUUUAAUAUAUCAAAACCUCUAAUAUGGUCCCUCUUUUCUCUGUUAUUUAUCCUCCUCUCAUGAUGCAGAAGAAGACGUGGAUGUGGAUGAUGUGCUGGCAGAGGACUCAGAGGUAAAACAAUGUUAGAUUUUUAACAAUAUUAAAGGAAUAUUCCAGUGUAAAAUUAAUUUAGGGUCAAAUACACUGUAACAACGAGUUAGACAGAUGAAUGUUGCCGACCGCUUGUUUCUCUAAUUAUACCAACUUUAGUAACGACCACAGGAUAGCGAUACACAGCGGUCUGAGGAGCCAUAAACAAACCUCAACCAAAACGCCACUCUAUAGCCACAAAUAAUGCUCAGAACAGCACCUAACUUCAUCAACAGGACAUAUAGGGUCCCAGCCAUAGUACUAGACACCAAACAUCUUUUUAACUUUGACUCAUUUCUUCAGCAAAGAGACUAAACACAACUCACCUACUCUCUUCCAGCAGACGCUUGUUUGUAGUGAGACCUCAGGCCAGUCCAUUACGGACUACAGCGGGGUGACACAGCUCUAGGGAGAACAUUUAUGAUCAUUUCUUUAUCAUUUCCUUGAAGUAAUAAUCAUCAUAUUAAUCAUUUUACAGACGCGGUACUUCAUCUGCCUUAGCGUCUCGGUCUGAUUGUAUUUCCAUGAAGAAAUUGUUGGUAUACAAUUAGUUAUAAGUUGGUAUAAGUAGAGAAGCAAGCGGUCGGCAAAAUUCAUCUCUAGCGGAGUCGUCUAACUCGGUCUUACGGUGUGUUUGACCCUAAAUUAAUAUCCCUUUAACUUCUUUAUCAACCUCAGACCUUAUUAGACCCAGUGAGGAUGUUGUGUUAAGAGGUUUAAUUUUGCUUCCAGGACUUCACAAAAGUUGAGAGAGCCAACAAUGUGAAAGUCAAGGAUUCUGCGUCUUCUGAGAACGAGCCGUGAGUUUACAGUUUCACAGUGCACACAUCACUGUAACAUACAAGUGUUCACAUGCAGCAGCUUUUAAUGUUGAUAAUAAAUAGAAGCUGUUAGCAGUUUCUUUUGAUUUUUCUAACAAAUACUUAUUUGUCUUUCAGACCAGAGGAGGAGGAGAAGAAGGUGGUGAAAAUUGCACCUCCAGCAUCUGCCAGUGAGGUACGUAUGACAGAUUAGCAUUCACUAAUAAUUCAACCAAAAGGAUUCAGUCUGCAUAUUUUCAGUACAUUUUAUAUAAACAUAAAUGACAUGUGAAAGUUACUGGAUAUAAAAGCACAUAAAAUACACAUGAACUGGAUAUCAUACUAAUACCUAACUGAAACUUUUGCAUUUAAAGUGUGUAAAGACAGAAAAAGUACAUCAGAAUCAUUCUCUAUCUACAAAUACCGUAAAUCCUCUAAUAUAGGCUGGGUCUUAUUUUUGCUGUUACUGCCGUUUGUAGCAGGCAGAGAUUUGUUCCCACUAGACCCUUCAAAUGAGCCAAAAAGACAUUUUCUAUUCACAGAGCAUGUGCCAAGAGUUGAAUGCUCCUCAAACUGCGCUGCUGAGCGUGUAUCGUCUAUGUGCUCUUUGUUGUUUGCAUAUAUUCAAAAGAUUCAUGUGGUGCAAAAUUUGCCUCUGUCUAUGCAAAUAAACCUCUGAGUGAAAAUCACCUAAAUCAUCAACACAAUUUCUAAAAGCCAUAUGCAGUUACUGUGACAUAUUUACCAACUGCAGCUGAGAUUUUCUAACCCUUUAAAGCCUGUGAUGUGGUCUCUAUGAUAGAAAUUAAACAGUGCCUGGGCCAGCCUUCUUCAUUCGUAAAGGAUGUGAUCCUUGUUAUAAUAGUUUGAAUUUAGGCCUUUGUUUCAGGAUUUAUGGUCUUUUUCAGCUGAACAAACACGUCUUCCAGCAGCAGCACGUCUUCUGAUUUUAAAUUUCACCUUUUCUCCAUCAGAGGCUACAGAAGAGAGCUGAACGAUUCAACAUGCCUGCGACCUCCGAAAGCAAAAAGGCUUUACGAGCUGCGAGGUAAGAGAUUUAAAAACAAACUUCAUGAAGUCAGGAGCAACUCGAAGUUUGUUAUGAACGCCGAUCACUUUUAAAAGACCGAAUUCUAGUUAACAUUUUGAUCUUUCGAUAUCUUUGUGGUUGUACUUCGUUAAGUCUGUCGUUGUACAGAUUUAUCCUUUUGAUUUUUGUGCACAUCAGUACUAUAGAUCGAAGUGAAGCAUUGGUUUAAGAUUCAUAAUCCAAACUUAUUUCUGAAGGUUUCAAGUCUUUCAUAUUCUUGAACCAAAACAUAACAUACUGAGAUAGAAUCAGAAAAUAGUUCAGACAGCAUGAUAACUAAAUACAAGGAAGAAGAAUAUAAUAUUAUAAUUGAUGCAAAAUAAAAUGAAAUGGAGGCAUAUCCAACAAGUAAAAAACUCAAAUCCAAACUACAACACAUGAACUCUUUUGAGCUUUUGAUACUGUAGACAGUAGAAAGAAUAGGACCAGCAGUCAUGGCCUUUCAAAAUAAAAGCCUUUGGAAACAUAACUUUAUGCAUUUUCAUUUUCACAAGUCUCAGUGUUGCCACAAUGCUUAAAAUAAUGUCUAAAACUAAAAAAUAGAUCAGGUUGGAAUUAGUGGAACAUUCAAAUUUCAACAGAUACCGUGUUUGAGUGAUGGUCGUCUCUUUUUUUUCAGGUUUGGCACGGCUACUGUGACCUCCAGUUCCUCUGCAGGUCAGUUUUCACUCUCUGUCACUCUUCCUUUUAUAUGUUUUUUAUUUCUCUGACAGAGAAAAUGAGGUUUAGAAAGUCUAAAUCUGAAAAGUUUCACGUCCGUAACAGGAUUCUUUGCCCUCUAAAAGUCAGACAUUGGUAGCAGAACUCUGAAUAGUUCAUUCUGGUGUCACACUUUGGCGUCCAAAGUGUGUAGUUAGUAUUUGAGGAGAUGUGCAGAGAAAGCUCCAUGAACGUUUCAGGCCUUUUCUGUCUGUACCAGAAGAUUCAAACACAGUGACACCUAGUGGCCUCUUUAACUUAUAGCAGCCUUUAUGACUAUCACUUAAACACCACACCCUUCACUGAUAGGAGAGUUUUUUUAUUAUUAUAAAUAAGCAAUGAAAGUAAACUCCUUAAGCGAACAUUGUCUGACAUGACGGUCAAAAGUGCAGUUUCUUUUUCUGUCUGCUGCCUCUAACGUACAGUUUUGUUCCUUCUCUCCUCUCAUCAGGUCUCACGACAAACAGUAAAGCUGCUGUAAGUUUUCCGAAUAAUAGUUUGUCCAUAUUUUUGUCACAUUUCAUAAUUUGUUGAGAUAAUGAAAAGAUAUUGAACUGGUUGUUUUUAUGUCUCGUUAAGGUGAACAUGGAUCAGCUGAAGAAGAGAGCAGAAAGAUUCGGCAUGAACGUUUCUUCUGUUUCAGUGAAGGUGAGGACAAAACUCACUUUGAUCUUUACCUCCUUAUUUCGUUUUCCUUUUGGACGCCAACGUGUGACACCAGAAUGAAACACCGUGACCUGAUACAUGAUGUUUUUUUCAGCUUGAGGAAGAUGAGAAGCUGAAGAAGAGGAAGGAGAGGUUUGGUGCCGUAACAACAGGAGCUUCAGCUGGAGCGGGUGAUGUUGAGGUACUCCCUCCUCAUUACGUUUUUCUUUGUAUUGUUUAUUUUAGCUGGUUAAUGUUGUCACAGUGCAUUUAACCGCUCAUAAUAAGAGGCGUUUUUAAUCCUGAUGUUUACGUCUCUUUCAGGCGAAGAAACUGAAGCGCGCUGAACGAUUUGGAAACGUUUGAUCGACGUCUCAGAGUUUUCUUUGUUCUCUUUAUUUUUUUGUAAAACAUUUUAAUGGCUGCACAACAGAUGUUCCCGAAGAUGACAUGUGUCACUAAUUUCUACUUAUUUCUGUAAAUCAAAAGUACAAUUAUCAACAGAGAAAGACGUGUGUGUUAGACUGUUCAAAACAGAUGUAAGAAAUAAGUUUUUAGCUGAUUAGGAAGAUUUAGUCGUUCCAUCCUGGUUAUCGUCACAUGAAGGGUUGUUUUCUUGAUCCUUGGUAGCCUCCAAACAUCAUUUUUUUAUUUUCAAACUCAGUCUCCUACGCUCUGAUCUAACCCUUGUUGUUUUUCUUGUCUCCUUACUGCAAUGUAGCCCAGCAUGGGGUUUUUAUGAAGCUAUGAGUCAGCCUUUUGUUUGUCAGAUAGUUACCUCAGCUGCUUCAGAGUUAAAACUUUCCAGCUGUUUGUUCUCCGUGACUCAGGAGAUUAAAGUCUGUGUAAUUUGGAUGUAAAAUAAAACAUUUCAUUGUCUGGAAUAGCUUCAAUCAAACACCAAACCUGAGCAAAGAGCGCUUUUACAGUCCUGCUGAGAGCGGUGGUUGAAGUUUUCUUUGUUUUUUGGAUUUAUGAUUUUUUUUUUUCGCUUGUUUUUGCAAAACAGACUGUUAGAAAUCAAUGCCAGAAAUCAGUACGGCACUCGCAUUGUUAGCUUGCACUGAUCCAAACCAGCAUAAUCAUGUUAUUUGUAUCAAACUGACAGCAACAAAAGUGGAAAAAUUUGGCCGUGGAAACAGAAAAUGAAUAUUCACAAGGGCUAAGAAAUCAUCAGAGUGACAUUACGUCUAUUUAUGGAGGUUAAGUGCAAGUAUUUCCUUUUUAAUUUGUUUUAGUUCAUUGUUACCGUCAGUUGAAAUUGUUUUCUCCCGUAUUCUGUUAAAAUGGUUCAACUUAGUGACAUGUAUGUAAUUGUACUGUUGAUUUAUCAGACAGCCUGUUCAUUUGUUUGUAGGUUUUCAUGGAACACUGCUUCAGUUUUCUGUCCAUUUUAUAACCUUUUUGUGAUUUAAAAUAAAUGGUUUUCAAUUUUUGAUA